GAGCUGCUUUCUACCGUACUACAAAGUAAACAUCCAUAUCAAGUAUUUCAUAUGUGAACGGUACGGCUUUAAUUUUAGCCCAAGACCGUAUUUUCUCACACUAGAUUCGUACGGUAUAUCAUCGAGCCGCUUCAAUUUCAGCACAAGACCGUAUUUUCUCACACUAGAUUCGUACGGUAUAUGAUCGAUACUAUUUAAAUAUAUUUUCUCCCCCAGUUGCCCGCAUCAAAAUAAAAGUCUACAUUGAUCACCUCAAGGAAUCCGAAGUCAAUCUGACCUUCAAUUUUCUCAACAACUACACCAUAAACAUAAGUUUUAGAACUAGGAGUCUGAAUCAUGAAUCCUGAGAACGCUUUUGAGCAAAGCGAAGCUGACCAGGUCGCCACACUGGCUAUACCUCAGAAAAUGAACAGUUCAACCUCAAGCACCCAGCAGCACCAAUAUGGGGAUGACUAUGAACACAAUCGCAGCGUAGGUGCCAUCGAUCAGAUCGCAUAUACUGAAGAGAUCAUGGGGAAGGAUACCGAAGCCGAUAUGAGAAAUGAUAAUAUACUCGCAGUUAAUUCCACCCCGAGAACUUUUCGACGAUUUCGAAAUCUUCCAGCAGAAUUAAGGUUGAGGAUAUGGAGAUUUGCAGCUUUGCAGGCACGUGUUAUACAUGUUGAUAGAUACAACGAUACGUGGCCAGAGAACACCUAUCUUUGUUCAAGCAUGCCGCAGCAGUGUCCUUUGACAAUGUCUUGUUUAGACUCGCGGGAUGUGGUACUGAAGUUCAAGAAGCCCCUGCAAGGUCUCGUUUUGAGAUCGAAGACUUACAUUGAGGAUGCCGAACGAAGAGGCCCUUACACCCCUGGCACGGAAUUAGACGGUCCAAUCUUUCGCCAAGUCGAAACCGAAAUGCUACAAAGAGGACAACCAAUCAUAUAUGCCAACCUUGAUGUUGACAUAAUCUUGCCUCAUACAGGAGAAAGUUGGACGGACAUGAUUCACCCUUUAGGAGGUGUUUAUAGAGAUCCCACGAUGAAGCGGAUCAUAGUACCAAAGAACAAACACAACUACCCUGCGAAAGUUCUAGGUGUAAUGCCUCAUCUAGCUGACAAGCGGUCCCUUACUGUCUAUCAAUGGGCUAAAUGUCUGGAUUUACAAGAGGUUUAUUUUCUCCAGGAAGACGACGAAAACUUCUCUAUCAUUGAAGAAAGCACUCAGGUAUCGCAUCUAUGUGAUAGAUUUGUGUCAGAAGCAUCCCUUAACCAAUUAGUAUGGGGAGGGGAUAACAUGCGAGGAUCAUUAGAGGACAUUUAUGAGGUCCACAAAAAAGGUUUCAACAAUUUCCGGGACUAUUCGGUACGCUGUUUACGAGAGGGGCUUGAGAAAUCAGUCAAAUCAGGACGUCCGAUUGACGAAGAUGAUCAACGCGAAUUGCAAAGACUACUGGCCUGGAAACCACCAACGAUUAAGUACAUCAAAGAGUCCCAGAUCAAUGAUAUUCUAUAAUAGAAAUAGCAUUACACUUAAUGCAGGGAAUACGGCUGUAGAGUCACUAGAGAGAUAUGGAUGGUAUCCGGUACUUCGGAAUGCGAGUUGACACUGAGAUGCUUGUCAAUUUUUGGAUAUUUUGGGAAUGAUUGGAUUUUUGAGAGGAUGAGUUAGCUUGACCGAAUGAACGAUCCCCCUGACCUGUAGGUGGUGAUCUCAUGCUCGGAUCAAAACCCCAGCCCUUUAGCUAUAUCCCCUAAUACGA